AUGGGUGAACAGCUAGUUGGAGGGAAGGACACUGUAACGGAGAAGGACCACUCUGUUUCUGAUGCAGAGAAGGACCACAUUGAGGAGAUAACGACUUGUGAUCAGAUGGACUUUGAGAAGGCUCUGCAGGGUCCCCUUGGUUUGUGGAAGGAAGUGAUGGGUUUCAAUUCAAUGGAACCUUUCACUGUUGCUCAGAUCCAAGCGGACAAGGACACUAAUGUAGACCCUCCUAGUAGUCCCCGUCAUCGGAAGGUUCUUGCUAGAUGGGAUCCAUCUAAAGCUCAGAGGCCAGACAUUGAUGAAGCUCUUAUAUUCCGCCCUUCAUCAGAGGAGUUUGAAGAUACAAUUGCUUACAUUGAAAAGAUACGUUCCUUAGCCGAACCGCAUGGUAUUUGUCGAAUCAUACCACCUCCGAAUUGGUGUCCUCCUUGUCGGCUUAAGGAGAGAAUUUUAUGGGAGGAUACAAAGUUCCCAACCCGUAUUCAGAUUGUGGAUCUGCUUCAGAACAGAGAGGCCAUGAAGAAGAAGGAGAAACCUAAGGGAAGAAAACGUAAACGAGGAAGAAAGCCGAGUGUGGCUUUACCCAAGAAAAUACAUGGCUCUGUCUCUAGCUCCGUUUCCUCUCCUGAGAAGAUCGAAGAAGAGAAAUUUGGUUUCAACUGUGGUUCAGAUUUCACUCUUAAGGAGUUUGAGAAAUAUGCCCGAUCUUUCAAGAAAUCAUACUUCGAAAGAAAAGACAAUACUGCAGAUACCGAAUGGGCCCCAUCUGUUGAGGAAAUCGAAGGAGAGUACUGGAGGAUCAUUGAGCAACCAACAGAUGAAGUCGAGGUCUAUUAUGGAGCCGACUUGGAGAGACGGGUGCUUGGAAGUGGGUUUUACAAAGGAGUCAACAUGUUGACUGAAGAUACUAAAGUGGAUCAAUACUUACAUUCUGGUUGGAACUUGAAUAACUUACCUCGUCUUCCUGGCUCUUUAUUGUCGUAUGAGCCUUGUGAUAUCUCAGGUGUUGUCGUGCCAUGGCUCUAUGUUGGCAUGUGUUUCUCGACGUUUUGUUGGCAUGUCGAGGACCAUCACCUAUAUUCAGUGAACUAUAAUCACUUUGGCUCUCCAAAAGUAUGGUAUGGAGUUCCAGGAAACCAUGCAACUGCGCUGGAGGAGGUGAUGAGAAGACAUCUACCAGAUUUGUUUGAUGAGCAACCUGAUCUACUUCAUGGACUUGUUACUCAGUUCUCUCCUUCCAUCUUGAAAUCUGAGGGAGUUCCGGUUUACAGAGCGGUUCAGGAAUUGGCUACGCUUGACUGGUUGCCUUACGGACAGAAUGCUAUCGAACUUUAUAGCCAAGAGACCAGGAAAACUUCUCUAUCCCAUGACAAGCUUCUCCUCGGAGCAGGUUAUGAAGCUUUUAAGUUCCUUUGUGAAAUCACACCUCUUAGUAAAGCAAACACAAUGUAUUUAAGAUGGAAGAGGUUCUGUGGGAAGAACGGUGAACUUACUAGGGCAAUUGAUGAGGCUCGGUUGCGUAUAGAAGAAGGAAGAAUUGAGGCUCUUGGAAAUGGUUUCAGCUUUCAAAAAAUGAAGAAGGAGUUUGAUUUGGACUGUGAAAAGGAAUGCGUCUUUUGCUUAAGUGACUUGCAUCUCACUGCUUCCGGCUGCACCAAGUGCUCUCUAGGAGAAUACACUUGCACGAAACACGCGAACGAUCUUUGCUCAUGUGAAAAGCGUGAUCGUUUCAUCCUUUAUCGUUACACCGUAGAUGAGUUAAGCUUAUUGGCCAGAGCAUUGGAAGUAUAUGAUAUUAUAACAUUGCCUUCUAAGUUCAUCGAAGAAUCUGGUCCAGUUAUCGUUGAGGAAGAACCAGAGAUCAGACGUGAUUUUGAUCUCAAUCUUGAGUUUCAGUUCGAUGCUUCUUCUUCAGAGAGCUCUCAGAAGGAAGAAUCUAGUCCGGUUACCGUUGAGGAAGAACCACAUAGAAUUCGUGAUUUUGAUCUGAAUCUUGACUUGCAAUUGGAUGAGGAGUUGAAUGCUUCUUCAGAGACCAGUGAUGAUGCCUCCAUGAUGAACCUUCCUCCCUCUGUCCAGCCUAUAGAUCUCGGGUCCUUGGUUAUAGGAAAUCUUUGGUGUAGCAAGCAUGCUAUAUUCCCAAAAGGGUUUAAGAGUCGGGUAAAGUUCUAUAACGUGCAAGAUCCAAUGAGAACAAGCUAUUACAUGUCUGAGAUUGAAGAUGCAGGAUCUAAUGGUCCACUAUUCAGGGUUACUUUGGAAGGAUCUCAAGAAGAGACCUUCUGUAAUCUCUCAGCUCAGAAAUGCUGGGAAAUGGUGUUGAAGAGGGUUAACAAAGAGAGAACAGAACGCAGCAGCCAAGGACAAAAUGUUCAAACAUUGGAAAACAUCGACGGGCUACUAAUGUUCGGUUUCCGCUCUAAGUUUGUAAUUCAGGCCACUGAGGCUCUUGACCCGAACCAUCGCCUAGAGGAGUAUUGGAACCAUAAGAAUGAGAAGGAUUCGUUGGAAACGAAUGAAUGUGCGAUGGCACUGGCAUCCAUGAUCCAUCAAAGGAAGACCUUUUGAGUUCGACUUGAACCGAACUUGAAGAAUAUAUUCGUCAGGAAGAAGAGAGAGUGUUAUGAACUUAUUAUGUUUUUAAGAUAUUGAAUAAUGGGCUCAAGUUGGCCUUUACCGUUUAUGGACCUAAUUUCUAGUUUUAAAGACUAUUUAGGAUUGAGUUGUAUUUUAACUAUCGUUUCUUCCACCUGGGAAGGUUAUCGA